CCACAUUGGGGAAAAAAACAAGCAGAAAGCCAAGAUGGCGGUGCAGGAGACAGCCUCUCAACUCUCCAUGGCGUUGAAGGUCCAGGAAUAUCCGACACUAAAGGUUCCGUACGAGACUCUGAACAAGCGGUUCCGAGCCGCUCAGAAGAACAUCGACCGGGAGACGAGCCACGUCAGCAUGGUGGUGGCGGAGCUGGAGAAGACCCUGAGCAGCUUCCCGGCCGUCCACUCGGUGGUGUCUCUGCUGGACGGCGUGGUGGAGAAGCUGAGUGCCCUCAAGAGGAAGGCGGCGGAGUCGAUCCAGGCAGAGGAUGAGAGCGCUAAGCUGUGUAAGCGUCGUAUUGAACACCUGAAGGAGCACAGCAGCGACCAGCUGGCCUCCGUCAGCCUGUGGAAGAAGAAGAGGAUGGACCGCAUGAUGGUGGAGCAUCUGCUGCGCUGUGGCUACUACAACACGGCCGUGAAGCUAGCACGCCAGAGCGGCAUCGAGGAUCUGGUUAACAUUGAGAUGUUCCUGACGGCUAAAGAGGUGGAGGAGUCUUUGGAGAGACAGGAAACCGCCACCUGUCUCGCUUGGUGCCAUGACAACAAGUCCCGCCUCCGCAAAAUGAAGAGCUACCUGGAGUUCAGCCUGAGGAUCCAGGAGUUCAUCGAGCUCAUCAGACAGAACAAACGCAUGGAUGGAGUCAGACAUGCGAGGAAGCACUUCAGUCAGGCGGAGGGCGGCCAGCUGGACGAGGUACGCCAGGUGAUGGGGAUGCUGGCCUUCCCCUCGGACACCCACAUCAGCCCUUAUAAGGAUCUGCUGGACCCAGCGCGCUGGAAGAUGCUGAUUCAACAGUUCCGAUACGACAACUACCGACUCCACCAGCUGGGCAACAACUCGGUGUUCACCAUCACCCUGCAGGCCGGGCUCUCCGCCAUCAAGACGCCUCAGUGCUACAAAGAGGAGGGCUCCUCUAAGAACCCAGACUGCCCCGUGUGCAGUAAGUCUCUGAACAAGCUGGCCCAGCCGCUGCCCAUGGCCCACUGCGCCAACUCACGGCUGGUCUGCAAGAUCUCCGGGGAGGUGAUGAACGAGAACAACCCUCCCAUGAUGCUGCCCAAUGGCUACGUCUACGGAUACAACUCACUGCUGUCCAUCCGCCAGGAUGACAAGGUGAUCUGCCCCAGAACCAAAGAAGUCUUCAGCUUUUCUCAGGCUGAGAAGGUCUACAUCAUGUGAUCUACAUGGUCUGCUGUGAUUGGAAGCUUCCUGUUUGGUUUGCGUGUGGCUGCCAUGUUCUCGCCAUCCUAUCACAAGAAGAGGAGAGCUGUUGGUCACGUGGUGACUCCCAUCCUACCCAGUGUUUGUGUUGUUUGGAGGGUCACCAUUUUAGGGUUAGUGAUGUAGAGAGGAAAAGUGGAGUUCCCUAGAGAGCGGCAGCCAUUUUGACUGUGAAGCUGAGUUUCCCUGGAAGAGAAAUGUAAAUAUUAGAUGAGCAUCCAACUUAUUGUGUACAGAUUGAGUGUGAUGAGGACCAGUGGCGUGGCUCUCUAAACAGAGUGAUGUUGUCCUGCUCCUCCUCUUUAAGGGAACAGGUUUGUAGUCAAUAUGAUUUACUUAUAUAAUAACAAUAACCACGCAUCCUCAACUCUCCAUCUGUUGUUUUUAAUGAGCGGUGUUCUUCCUGCGGGCCUGAACGGUCUCCUCGACCGCCCACAGACAGUGGGUUCCUUCGAGGGACCUGGGGUGUCCCUCACUAAAUGUCUUCUAGUUCCUUUUUUCAAUGACAAACAUGACAAUAAAGAUGACUUGUGUUUAUACACUAGUUUUACUUCUUACUUUGAAAGUGUCUAGUGUCCUGUUGGAUAUUAGAUUUAUAUUAAUCGCUGAGUGGAUUAAUAUCUACUUGGUUUACUUAUAAUAUUAUUAUACAACUUAUUAUAUUAUGUAACAACUCGUGAUACAUAAUCUAACUCUCGAUAUGUAUAUAUUUUUCUAUAUUUACUCAAUCACUCCUAUUGUGCUCACAAUGAUGAACCCAAACCCGACCGCUGGCUCUUGUCAUGGGUUCUAUCCCAUGGGUUCGUACCCUUACCCGGGUCUAUAACCCCUGCAGCUUGCGGAAGGUUAGUAGUUUGGAGGUCAGUGCAAAGAGUCAGCUUUAGGUUGUUAGUAUAGAGCCAUUAAACUAUAGGAUUACCCUAGCUCCCCCGAAAGAACCUAUAAACUUAUUAUAUUUAGAUUGUGUAUUAGGUAUUGUAGCUAGCUCACCCUGUAUAAAGAACUAACCAUAUUUAGAUAUGUGAGGUUAGCAAUAUCCCCUGUAUUGGUACUAGUGUAUUAGUACAGGUAUGUGUAUAUAGACCCGUUUGGUUCUCUAUACAUCUAGGCCCCACUAAAAGUGAAACUCUGGUUAGCUGUAGGCCUACUCUGUCGUCUGCUCCUCAACACCUCAGCCCAUAGUUUCUAUGGCUGACACUUUGCAGGCAUUCACAUGCUAAUAACAGCUGUAGAUUUUCACUCUGGAAUGUUGUUGUUGAGUUGAUUCUACCUUUGAAUGAGGGCGUCGCUUUGAAUGAAAAAAUCCAAUCAAACAUUAAGGGUAAUUCUAGCUAUAUGUGAUACUCUUCAGGUUUAUUCUUUCUUUUGAGUUUCAAUAAAAUGUAAUUGAUUAAGACAAAUAAAAAGUUCUAUAUAGUUAGACACUCGCCAGUCAAAAUGUGAAAGCUGGCUUUACAUUUAUUAUAGUGUUUGUUUUAAUUGUAUUCAUGAAAGUGUUUGUAUAAAUGAUGGCUGGGAUAACUGUAUUAAUUAAUUAUUAAUUACACCACAAUAGUAUACUCACACACACACACAGACACACUGUACUUUAGUGCUAUAUACUUUAAUAUGAUACAGCAGGCCUUUGUUGUUCCCACCCUGAACGCAGGGGGCCGAGCGGCCUGGGCUAGGGUUAACAAUGGAAAGGAGGGAAUGAGCGUUAGGAAGGCAUGGUCGGAGGAUACGGAACCUUAUACACGGUGGGAUAUGUGACGAAAUGACUCAAAUAAAAAUA